AUGGCCUACGAUGACAUUUUGCCGCACCUCGGUGGCUUCGGGAGCUACCAGCGCCGGAUCUACGUGUUGCUAUGCCUACCGGCUAUAUGCUGUGCAUUCCACAAGUUGGCCGGAGUGUUUCUGCUCGCCACUCCGGAUUACCGGUGCCGUUUGCCGUUCGAGCUGGAAAAUGCCUCAUACUCAUUGCCGGCGGAUCGGCUCUCGUUGGCCUACCCAAUCGACACACUAACGAAGAAGUACUCCACCUGCAAUUACCUCGAUGCGGACUUUUCCGAUGACUACUGGACGGGAGGUACACCGGCGGCAGGCGUUCGUCCUUGCGACCAUUGGGUGUACGAUCGCACCAAGUUCGAGAGCAGCACCGUCACCGAAUGGGAUAUGGUGUGCGAUCGAAGCUGGCUCCGAGCCUCGGCCGAUUCGCUGUUCAUGGUUGGCGUAAUGCUGGGCAGCAUCGGAUUUGGCUAUCUGUCAGACAAACACGGCCGGAAGCCGAUCUUCUUCGCCUCGCUGGUGCUGCAGGUGAUUUUCGGCGUGUUGGCGGGAAUUGCGCCCGAGUUUUUCACCUACACGCUUGCGCGAAUGGUGGUGGGAGCAACCACAUCCGGCGUGUUUCUCGUGGCGUACGUUAUAGCGAUGGAAAUGGUGGGUCCAAGCGAUCGCCUUUACGCCGGUGUUGUCUGCAUGAUGUUCUUCUCCGUCGGUUACAUGCUGACGGCCGCGUUCGCGUACUUCAUUCACGGCUGGCGUAUGCUACAGAUCGCCCUAACCCUACCCGGUAUCCUGUUCAUGUGCUACUGGUGGCUCAUCCCCGAAUCGGCACGCUGGCUGCUCUCGAACGGACGUCCCACGGAGGCCAUCACGGUCAUUGAGAAGGCGGCCCAAUCGAACAAGCUGACCGUCCCGCAGGAGGCCCUCGACAAGCUGCUGGAGGAGGACAAAACGCAACAGCAAGACGACUCCAACGAACCCAAACCCUCGCUGUUGGACAUCUUCAAAUAUCCCAAUCUUCGGCGGAAAGCGAUGCUGAUCUUUUUCGACUGGUUCGUGAACAGCCUGACCUACUACGGGUUGUCGUGGAACACGAACAAUCUCGGCGGAAACCCUCUGCUCAACUUCGUCAUCAGCGGUGCCGUGGAAAUUCCGGCCUACUCAUUCCUGCUGCUCACGCUCAAUCGAUGGGGCCGGCGGACGAUCCUGUGUGGUUGCAUGAUCUUUGCCGGAACCAUGCUCCUGAUGACGAUGGCCGUUCCAUCAUCGCAGCAAUGGUUGAUCGUGGUGCUUGCCAUGCUCGGUAAGAUGGCCAUCACGUCCAGCUACGGCACGGUAUACGUCUUUUCGGCCGAACAGUUUCCCACUGUCAUUCGGAAUGUCGCUCUCGGGGCAUCAUCAACUAGCGCCCGAGUCGGUGGCAUACUGGCACCGUAUUUCAAUCUGCUCGGUGACUACUGGCAACCGUUACCGUUGCUUAUCUUCGGAGCACUUGCGUUCGUUGGCGGAGUACUGUCACUGUUGCUGCCGGAAACGCAUAACCAGAAGCUGCCGGAAACGAUCGCGGAUGGAGAGAAUUUUGGAAAGCAAAAAACGGUACCUUCCAGUAGCAGUGGCGGCGGCGGGAUCCACAAUGCUUUCGUCGGUGGGGAUCGUGACGUAGAACGGACGGCUGAGGAAAUGCAAGUUCUUAGCAAGCCAGAGUUGCCAAACGAGUCGGAGGAAAUUUCCGCCAAGGAAGCAAAUGCGAUGCAACCGCAAGAAAAGUAUUAA